UAACUUGAAUGAAUAGGAAUAGGAUUCAUAAUAGGUCUAUAGGUGCACAUGCCAGUAAUCGUUGUUGUAUCCAACAUAAACAACUGCUUUUGUUGUUUUCCUAAUGCAAGUGGAUAAUUAGAAGCUCCACUCCUGGGCCCAAACAUCCUAUAAUUAUAAUGCAUGAAAAGUUUUUUGAUCCGUUUCCAGUUUUGUCCGGGCUAUGCUGGGACUCUACUACCCUACAGACGACGAGGUGUCUGGGGAUGCAGAGCUCCAGAGAUGGAUCCAAGAUAUCUUCACAAAGGGCUUCCUGGGCAACAGCAGCUCAGGGAUGCCAGAGUCCUUCAUCACAGUGGAAGCGGUUGUCAAGUUUGUCACCAUGGUGAUCUUCACAACAUCUGCUCAACACGCAGCUGUAAACAGUGGACAGGUGGACAUCUUUAGCUGGUUCCCAAACUCCCCUCUGCAGCUUCGAAAAGCACCGCCAACUACCAAGGGACUGGUUACCAUGGAUACCAUUCUGGAGACACUGCCAAACAUUGGUGACACGGUCGCCUUCAUCAUCAGUUCAUUGGUUCUAUACAAGAAAUACAUGGACUCUGUUGUUCUUGGUUCCUACCCUGAGGAACGUUUUUGUGAGCCGGCGGCCAAGCGGAUUAUAGAGAACUUCCAGAAGGAGCUCUCCAGCAUCGAGGAAAGGAUCAUAACGAGGAACGCAAGUCUGGAUGUCCCGUACUGCUACCUGCAACCCUCGGAGAUCGAGAAUAGUGUGUCUAUAUGACUAGAACCACAAAGAUGUUCGCUACUGGAGGAGUCCCAUUCCUGUUUGAUAAUGCUCAUCAAUGUGGGGAUAACAUUUGGGAACUCUGCGUCCUUUGUAUAUCCUGCCCUCAUAUUGAAAUCUGCCUCUAAAAUUUUACAUUCUCAAACAAAAAACGAAUCUGCGUAUUCUAACCAACAAUUAUUGAUUCAUUGUUAAAACAUUCGACUAAAUGUAUAAAUAAUGGAAUAAUAAAGAUGAAAUUGCCAAA